AUGGCUGUAGCAGAGCUGAAUAGUCUGCUUGAAGUGGACGACUAUUCUGACCCAGAAGACUUCGUGGACGACAUCACAGAUGAAGGUAAUUGUUGCAUAAUUUUUUCGAUUUUCAUUUUUAGAACUUCUGGCCGACUUGUUGGAGAAAGAACCUUCGACUGGUAUCUACGAAGAAAGAUGUGUUAUGGUGUGGGGAAUUCCAGUGAUUGACGCUGCGAGAUUACCUAAACUGAAGAAUGUGUUGUCGAAAGUAUUUGGUCUUCAGAAGGCUUCUUAUGUAGAUGAAUAUCCUUUGGAUGAAAAAAAUCAAACAAAGGUGAGAUUAUAAUAUUUUUUUUAUAACUUUCUUUAGGGAUAUUGUUUUAUUGAGUAUCAAAACAAAGAAGCUGCUGAAGCCGCGCGAAUCUUGAUUGAUAACUUCAACUUGGACAAGAACCACACAUUCAGUGCCUACUCUUUCAGCAGUUUGAGGAAUCUUGAGCAGCCUGAUGAUAACUGGAAGGUUCCUGAUCGUCGAACAUUUACCGAUGUUGUAAGUUUAUGUUGUUUUAGCUUUGUUAAAUUUUUAGUGUUUUUAUGCUUUUCGAGGAAAUUAAGGUAACUUUCCUUUAAGGUAAUUUGUUAACGUUGUUAUUUUAGGGAGAUCUUUGGUGGUGGGCUCAGAACAGCAAAUGCCAAGACCUUUUCGCGAUCCAAGUGCAGAAUCCAAAAGAUGGCACGAUUGCUUUGGCUAACUACUGGAACCACAACGGUACUGAAGUCAGUGUGUGCGACGAAGGAGCUCGUGAGGUAUGUUAAGAGUUAUUUUUUAAUUUAGAUAUUGGGUAUGCAUAGUUAUAGUGUUAUAUUUGCUAAUCAAUGAUUAUUUUAGAACUGGUCAGAAAGUAUAUUCAAGUGGUCUCCUUAUGGAACAUACCUAGCCUCUUUCCAUAAAAUGGGCAUAGCUUUGUGGGCUGGUGAAAAGUUUACCAAAGUUCAAAGGUUCUCUCAUGAAAACGUUGAGUACAUCGAGUUCUCUCCUUGUGAAUCGUAAGUUUUGUUUUAUCUUUUUGAUAUUUAGGUCAAAAAGUUUUUAUAUAAAGUUGAUUAACAGUCUGCCAUGAGAAGUUUAAUUACAUAUUUGUAUUUUAGGUACUUGGUUACAUACUCAUGCAACGACCGUCGUGGCGCCACUGACAUGACUAACUCAUUGAGAAUUUUUGACGUCUUUACCGGUGAGCUGAAGAAGACCUUCUCUCCAUCAAAUCAGGGACAAGGAGCUGUCAAUUCUUGGCCGUUCAUUAAGUGGUCUCACGAUGAAAAAUACUUUGGUUUCUGUCGGCCGAAAGGAAACACGAUAUUCAUUUAUGAUACCGAAACCUUCACUUUGAAUCAAAACAAGACUGUCGAGUUGGACGGUCUGGUAACAUUCGAAUGGAACCCAUCAAAGAACAUGUUUGCCUACUACUGUGAAGAAAGGGUAUGUUAAUAUAUAGUAUUUCUUCUUUUUAAACAAUUUUUAGUAAUGUCAGUUCUUAUGUUAAUUUUUUUCAGCCAGCAGCGAAUGCCCCAGCCGAAAUCGGUGUUGUUGAGUUCCCAUCAAGAGAAAAGAUCAGAGCUCAGCGAAUUUUCUCUGUCUCGUGCGCUAACUUAUUCUGGCAGAAGGCUGGUAACUAUUUGGCCGCCCACACUGAAAGGUACAACUCCAUGAGGAAAAACAAAGAUGGUGCCAUGAAGUUGACAGGAGUUGCUUCUCAUCUUGAGAUCUUUGACUUCACUUCCAAAUUGAUCGCCGUUCAGACGAUGCAAUUGGCUGAGCCUUUUGUGAGCUUCGGAUGGGAACCUAAAGGUAAGUGUCUCUGUUGAUUGUGUUAUUCUGGUUUUAGGUGACAGAUUCUGUGUCCUCCAAGGAUCUUCGAACAAAACGAUUCCAUGUUUGUACAAAAUCGAAAAGGAUAAACCGACUCCACAAGUUUUGGCGCGUAUGGAAUCUGGUAUUCAACUAAACACUGUUUCCUGGGCUCCACAAGGCGGUUACCUUACUGUUUACGGUAACGGUUCCACGGCCGGUAAUGUGUUCUUUAUUGACGUGAAUGGAUCCGAAACCACGAAAACCAAGACAGUCGAACAUCCUAACCUUAACUAUGUAAGUUAAUCUUACUAGGUUGAAGUUUUUAAAGUUAAAAUUAAGUGUAAGUAAUAAGGAACGGUUUUAGUGUGCUUGGGACCCCACUGGUCGUUAUUUUGUUACCGGGUCCUUCCACUCUCGCCAUGACGCCAGCUACCGAAUCCACUCAUUCCAAGGAAGAGAACUGUACAAGAAGAGUAUCGAGACCAUAAUGAGAUUCAGAUGGCGGCCAAGACCUCCAGUUCACCUAACCGAACAGAAACAGAAGGAGAUCAAGAGAAACCUCAAGAUCACAUCCCAGAAGUUCGAGGAGGAAGAUCGUCGGGAGCAACAGAAGUUGUCCAAAGAACUUGUUGAAAAACGUCGUAUCAUCACCAAAGAGUUCGAGGCCAGAAGAAAAGCCCAUAAAGAAGCCUACGAGAAAGAGAAGUCCGAACGAGUCCGGCUGCGACGCGGUAUUGACACCGAUAAGCCGCCUUCUGACACGAUCGAAGAAGAAGUCACCGUGCUGGUCAGCUCCGAGAAGACCGAGGUCAAGAGUGAUGAAUAA